AUGAUGGCUCUCGUUAUGGAACCUAUUAGCAAGUGGACGCCCAAGCAAGUAGUGGAUUGGAUGAAAGGCCUUGAUGAUUGCCUCCAGCAAUACAUAAAAAACUUUGAACGGGAAAAGAUCAAUGGGGAGCAGCUGCUCCACAUCACUCACCAGGAGCUUGAGGAACUGGGGGUCACUCGCAUUGGCCACCAAGAACUGAUCCUGGAAGCAGUUGACCUGCUCUGUGCGUUGAAUUAUGGUUUGGAGACUGAGAAUCUGAGAACGCUGUCUCACAAGCUGAACGCCUCAGCCAAAAACCUUCAGAACUUUAUAACGGGUAGAAGGAGGAGUGGCCAUUACGAUGGCAGGGCCUCCCGACGACUGCCAAAUGACUUUCUUACCUCUGUAGUUGACCUGAUUGGUGCUGCCAAGAACUUACUAGCCUGGCUGGACAGGUCUCCAUUUGUCAGCGUGACAGAAUAUUCACUGCUGAAAAACAACAUUGUUCAACUGUGCCUGGAACUAACGACCAUUGUGCAACAGGAUUGUACAGUGUAUGAAACAGAAAAUAAAAUUCUUCAUGUGUGUAAAACAUUGUCUGGGAUUUGUGACCACAUUAUCUCACUCUCAUCUGAUUCUCUGGUGUCACAGUCAGCACAUCUCGAGGUGGUUCAUCUCACCAGCAUUAUGCCCAGCGAGGGUUUGGGAAUGUACAUCAAGUCAACGUAUGAUGGGCUACAUGUGAUCACAGGAACAACUGAAAAUUCUCCUGCUGACCAGUGUAAGAAAAUCCAUGCAGGAGAUGAGGUGAUCCAGGUCAACCAUCAAACUGUGGUUGGCUGGCAGUUAAAGAACCUAGUAAAUGCCUUGCGAGAAGACCCAAAUGGAGUGAUUUUAACAUUGAAGAAACGUCCUCAGAAUACCCUGGUUUCUGCUCCAGCCCUUCUGAAGAAUGUGAGGUGGAAGCCCCUUGCACUUCAGCCUGUAAUUCCAAGCAGUCCUACAAGCAGCUCUCCCACCCCGACCGGCACCAUGGGCCUGUCCUCAAAAAUGGAGAACUCGGCGCUCCAGGACGUUUUCAUUCUCUCUCCUAUGUCAGGACUUUAUGGGCCCAGGGAUGAAAUUGGAAUAAUGUCUUGUGAUGACAUCAGCAAAUUUGGAAAGUCUGGAAUGAAAGGUUCUGAGUCUCCAAGCUAUUUUCUGGAUCAUGAAAGUGGGAAAUACUACACCUUAAUUGAAGGUGAAGGUCAUCCUGUGGGCUCCGAGUAUGAGCGAAGCAGAGCUGCAGGCGUGCGGAGAAGAGAAAAGACACCUACCCAUGGAGAUUUAAGGCCUGUUUCUAUGCCUACUGAGUACACCUGGGCAGGGGAGUCCAAAGAACAAAAUGUGUACAAGAGGGGAAGCAGAGAUUCUGAGAAUUCCCUCCUGCGGUACCUGAGUGAUGACAAGAUCUUGGUGAUCCAAGAAGAACCGUUGAUGCAGAAAGACAACAAAAGGGACACAGGCCGUAGGUCAAGAAAAAAGGGCAAAAACACAGGCAGCCCAAACUACCCCAUUAGUCCACCUGUGCUGGCAUCCACUAUUAAUGUUAGGCUUGAACCUGGACAGCAAGAUGUCUUGAAUUUCUCACUAGCAGAAAACAAUACAGUUCCGCUUUAUCAUAGAACAGGGGACACAGUCGGUGGAGAUACUGAAAGAUGUGCUAGCUCUGCAAUUGACCGCCACGGAAGCACCUCCAUGAGGAAGUCAUUCCAUUACGCUUCCCUCAGGGUAAAAACAAGAAAAUGGUCAAAAGGUGGCUCUCUAACAAGUGGAAGCAGAAGACGGAUUUCCUGCAAAGAUCUGGGGCACGGAGAUUGUGAAGGCUGGCUAUGGAAGAAAAAAGAUGCCAAAGGUUACUUUACACAGAAAUGGAAAAAAUACUGGUUUAUUUUGAAGGACUCUUCCUUGUACUGGUACACAAAUCAGAAUGAUGAAAAAGCAGAAGGAUUCAUUAGUUUGCCUGAGUUCAGGAUAGAUCGAGCAAUUGAAUGCAGAAGGAAACAUGCCUUCAAAGCAUGCCACCCCAAAAUUAAGAGCUUCUACUUUGCAACAGACUGUCUUGAAGAAAUGAAUAGAUGGAUGAAUCGUCUGGGCCUCGCAGCAAUUGGUUACACACCUGAUGACAAGGAUGUUCAUCCAGAUGAAGAUUACUGGAGUGAAAGCGACCAGGACGAUGUGGAUGGCUCUUCGACGCUGAAGCAGGAAGGCUCUUCAACACUGUGUGACACUUACCAUCGAACACCCUCUGUGAAUUCUUCAAGUCCGUUUCCCGAAGCCAAGCAGGGUCGGCACUUUUCCAGUGAGUCAACGUACUCGCACUCUUCCGCAGAGGACUCGCGGCCAGACGCAGCGGGCAGCACGCACUCGUCCGGGUGCAGACCUCCCUACCGAGAAAGACGUUCCUGGCAGGAUCUCAUAGAGACCCCACUAACCAGUUCAGGGCUCCAUUUUCUUCAGACUGUCCCUCCUGAUACAGAAUACCUGAGCGGCCGGCCUGGAAUGUCACCAGAGAAACGAAGACAGGCGACGCUGCCCGUUCAGAGGCGUCACAAUCACGAGCGGGACGGGCCUUUCCCCUUGGCAGAGUGUCCCAGAGGACAUAGCUUCCAUAGGCCACAGAAGCAACGGAGUCAGAGCCUCCCACGAAACAGAGAUGUCCGUGUUAAGGGGCGUAUGAAGUCCACGGAAGCAGCAGAAGAAAAGACAGAAGAGAACGUACUUAUUAGAAGGCAUAAUAGCUUUUGUACAGAAGAAAGCAAAACUGAGACCGAAGAGAAUCCGGACGGUUUGCAAGAGCUGUACAAGUCUCUGGAAGAAGCCAGCUUAUCAGCUUUCGGAGAGCAGCGCCCUUCCACCAAGCAGGAGUUCCGCAAGUCCUUCGUAAAGAGAUGUAAUGAUCCGGUUAUCAAUGAAAAGCUUCACCACAUCAGAGUCCUCAAGAGCACUUUAAAAGCAAAGGAAGGAGACCUCACAGUUAUCAACAGCCUUCUGGAUGAUCCCGACUUAACAUCAAAGAAGUUUAAAGAUUGGAAACUCAAGAACUAUGAGUUUUUCCUGGACAUUUGUGAGUACAGUUCUGCUCUGAAAUCGCAAAACGGAGGCUCUGAACUGGCAACCUCAGCACCGAUGCUGACACACACACAUUCGUUCAUUGAAACUCACGUGUGACAGGACUAGCACCGUGAGUAACUGCUGGGGGCCGCGAAAAAUCCAGUAAGACAAACACUGUAAUAUUUAUAAAUCAUGUACUCAGCAGUAUUGUAAAUAGGUGGGAUAAGAGAAUAGUGCCACAGGAUGCCUACUACCUUGCAUGAUAAGACAAUAAUACUCUUUCUGAAUUUUUCAUUGGGUAAGAUCAACUGAUGUUCCUAUCAAGCUCUGCAUUAGAAAGAAGCAGUGCAGAAGUGUAACUGAAAAUUAAUUCCAGUAUAUUUAAAGUACUGUACUCAAGUUAAGCUUAUAGUAUGAGCUCCUACAAUCAUUUUAUAUAUUUAGAUAUAUAUAUAUAUGCAAACAUAUCUAUGUAUAUAAAAUGUAACAUGGUAGUUGACAUUUACUUUUAAAAUGCCCUAAAAUUCACUCUUUCACACAUCUUUCUUGAGAAAAAUACACAAUGGAGACAUAAAGGUAUUGGCCACUCUUAGAGAUGAACUUUUAUGUUUGCAACAUUUCCAGAUAGUGACCAUCUUUGCCAAUAAAGGACAGAGUUAUCAAAAUGUAAACUCAAUCCCUAUAGUGUGCCUUAAAAUGUACACUGUACAUCUAGCAAUGGAUCCCAAUGUGGCCCUAUGGGCAUACUGUACAUGCCAUUUAGAUACUGUGUUUGUAAAAUAAUGUGCCUGCCUUUAACCUGAAUGACUAUAAGCAAGCAGGUGUGGCACAGGAGUUAAGAUACGAGUAGAACAAUGGGGGUUGUUCAUUAAUGCUGCAACUUAAACUGAUUUUAAUAUAAUCUGAAGUAUUUUGUGGUGGGGAAGAAAACCCAAACCACCUGCGCUGCAUGUGGCAGCCACUGCAGUUUUCAUGGUUUCUUCACUGUGAAUCCACAUGACACAAGCCUGUGAGUCACAAAAUUCAAAAAAGUUCUCUUGCUUCAAACCUGAGAACCACAAACAAAAAACCCUGAACUGAUCAAAUAAAUUCUGGCAUCUAGAGCAGAAUAAAUUAUUCCACAUUAUGUAAUGUAUGGCAAUAAUUUUUAACUGUAGGUAGCCCAUUAGCAAGUGGGUAGAAGUUACUCAAUACAGCAUUUGAAACCAGUCCGUAUUGAUUGGCUUUGAGCAGACACACAAGGGAUGCACAUACUGCAUUUCCCUUUCUUGUCUGGAUGGGAAUGGUUUCUAAGACUUAGGUUUUGGAGUACAUACUUGUCCUUUGGAAUAUUACUCAACAUAAAUUUUCAGACGUAUAUUUGCA